AUUGGGGAUGGCGAAGCAGGAGAACCUGUCGGUUGUGGCCCACUCUCCUGGAGAUCUGCGGCUGGAGAAACGUCCAAUCCCAGAGCCAGAUUUUAAUGAGGUGCUCCUGAAGAUGAAUGCAGUUGGCAUCUGUGCCACAGACGUCCAUUACUGGCAACAAGGAAAACUAGGAGAUGCCGUCAUAAAAAAGCCCAUGGUCCUGGGACAUGAAGGCUCAGGGACUGUGGUUAAGGUGGGAUCAGGCGUACAACAUCUCAAAACAGGUGACAGAGUUGCCAUUGAACCUGCUUAUCCAUUAUUAAAUGAUGACUUCUGUAAAUCAGGACGCUACAAUCUGUCUCCGAAAAUGUUCUGCUGUGCUACUCCACCCUACGAUGGGCACUUGUCCCAAUACUAUGCCCACAAUGCCAACUACUGCUUCAAGCUUCCUGAGUGUGUGAGUUCUGAAGAAGGUGCUUUCAUCGAACCCCUCUCAGUGGCAAUUCAUGCCUGUCAUCGAGGCCGAGUGAAACUAGGCAGCAAGAUCCUGAUCUGUGGAGCAGGGCCCAUCGGACUUCUCAAUCUGCUGGUUGCCAAAGCGAUGGGUGCGGCUCAGGUGGUGGUCUGCGAUUUAUCAAGUACACGUCUGGAGAAGGCGAAGGAGGUGGGUGCUGAUUUUACCAUAGUGGUGGCAAAGGAGACACCCAAGGAUCUGGCCCAGAAAGUGGAGGAAGCUCUUGGAUGUAUGCCAGAUACAACAAUCGAAUGCACCGGUGCUGAGUUCUGUGUCCAUGCUGGUGUCUAUUCCACUCGCUCUGGUGGGACUCUCCUCCUCGUUGGUCAUGGUGAAGCUUUGGUCACUGUCCCCCUGCUGAAUGCAGCCAUUCGAGAGGUCGAUAUCCGCGGGAUGUUCCGAUACUGCAACACGUAUCCCAUGGCGAUUGCUAUGUUGGCUUCAAAGAAGGUGGAUGUGAAACCUCUGAUCACACAUCGUUUCUCACUGGACCAGGCCAUUGAGGCAUUUGAGACCACAAGGAAACGGCUAGGAAUUAAAGUGAUGCUGAAAUGUGACUAAGGGCGAGACUCCUUUUGCAGGUUCCUCAGCGUGUGAGCCUGGGCUCAUUAACUCUCAUGGCCUGCAGCAAACUCUGGGGCAGUGUGUUAACAAUUGAAAGGGGGUUUUGUUGAUAAU